GUCGUGUGUAGUGUGUCGUAAAUAAACACAACAAAGAAAUUCAUACCAAACCAUACUUCGGGAUAGAUUUGAUAGUCGACAAAAAGAAAAACAGAAGAACAUUUAUAUUUAUUUUUGUGUGUUUUAUUGUGAUUGGUGUUUAAAUGCAGUGUUCAUUGGUUGCAUUCGAACGAAGCAAUUGUGUUGUAAUUUUUUUUAUUUUAGACUGAAUUUAUUGAAACACGCAAAUAACAUGAGGCAAACUGUAAAGAAACACAUAAAUUAGAGUGUGUGGAAAGAAGCAAAACACGAGUGAUCUUUGUUCGGUGAUGAACAAAGCACGAAAUCAUAAAUACUACAAACGACCGACAAGCGACUGUACACCAAAAUAUGCAUCAUAAGUUCUAGUGAUUUGUUUUUUUUUCUAUUUUUCCUUUUUGAAAACCAAAAAAGCAAAUUGACGCAUCGCAUUGCAGCAGCAACAGCAACAACAACAAAAAUAAGAACAUCGUAAAAAAAAGGGUUUCCGUUUUUUGAUCUUCGAUCCACACAAAUUAAAUUGUUGAACCAAAAGAAGAAAUUUUUUCUAUGCAUUUUAAUGUCGAAAAUUUCGCACAUUACGUCAGUAGGAUAAUCGAAAUAAUUGAAAAGAAUCAAACGAGCUACCGAUUUCAAAAAAUUGAGAGCGAAAUCAAUCUUUUUCCAAAUAAAUUACAAACAAACCAACAAUGACGUUUUGGUUUGCUCCGUUCACGGAUUUAGUUAAAAAGAAAGUAUGCAGAUAUUUAUUACAUCGAUAUCUCGGAUCAUUUAUCCACGAGAAAAUCAGCUUGGACCAGUUAAAUGUGGAUUUUUACAAUGGUAAAGGAACCAUAUCGAACAUUGUAUUGGAUCCUGAGGCGCUCAAUGAUUUAUGUGAAAAUCAGGGAUGGGAUAUCGAAGUGAUUGCUGGUCAUAUUGGUAGAAUUGAUGUGAAUAUACCAUGGAAUGCCUUAAUGUCGGAGGAUAGUUUUGUCGAAAUAACGGAUUUAUACUUUGAAAUUCGGCCAAAAUGUCGACCAAAAGACGGCGCCUCAAUGAUCGAAUCGAUGUGGUCAUCGAUGAGCAGCUCGAUGCAAUUAGCUAAAGAUUGCUUAGAACACGAAAGCGGACCAAAUCCACCAAAUCAACCGAUGGAAGGUUUGGAACGUUUCGCACAAAUCAUUGACAAUGUUCUAAAUAGGAUAAAAGUACGUUUAAUUGAUACGGAAAUUCGUUUAGAAUAUUUUACAAGUGAAAAAGAGCGUGGCAUAACGGUGGUAUGCAAAAUCAAAAGUUUUGAAUAUAAAAAUGAAGCCGGCGGUGAUCCACCAGAUAAGCCAGCCAAUGCACCCGAUGUCGAUAGUGGUGGUUCAAAAUCAUAUUCGAUACCCGUUUAUUCGACCCAUCAAUUAGUGAUAGAAAAUAUUGCAUUUUAUAUGGAAGAAUUUCGAAUUUCGAACGGAAAAAAGGGCGAUAUGAUGAAACGUCAACAUAUCGAAACGUCACCAGUUGCCGAACAAUAUUAUAGCACCAUGUCAGAACUUCCAGAUAUAACACAUAAUCAGAUGCCGAUAAAUGAUGAAGUCAGCAGUUGUAGUGAUGAUGAUAAUGAUAAUGCUAGUGAUAUAUCGGAUAUAAGUCGAACGGAGGCCUUACAGAUUGCCAGCUUUAGCGGAAAAACGGAUAUUAAAAUCACCGUUAAACAAACGCCAUCGGUACAGGGUCCGAAAGUACAAUUGGAACUACAAUUGGGUGCUGUGAAUAUAUUUUUAACGCCAAGACAAUUGCAUGCAUUGAUUAAAUUAGCCGAUAUAUACUUGAACGAUAGUACAAACCAAAAAAUGACCGUACCGAAUUUAAGCAGUGAUCAUCAUCCAUAUCAUCAUCAUCAUCCGGAUAAUGAUCAUGCAUCCGAGUAUAAGGCAUUCAAUGCAAUGAGUGGAAAUUUAGGUUUGAAUCAAUGCUGGUCAUCGGAUCCAGUAUCAGCAGGUGAAAAUCAACACCAAAAUCAAAACAACACACCGUUGGACAUUGACACGAUUCGCGAAACAAAUUCAAUGUCAAAUUCGAUCACGAGUUUUGCCAGUGGUUACACCCAAACAACUAUUCGAAAUCGACGUAGAGGCGUCAUCGAAAUCGAUCCAAAUGCAGAAAUCCUACGAACAAAUAUUCGUGUCGCAUCAUGUGCAAUUUUAUUAUUGCAAGAGGAUAUUUUGGUGGAGAGUCCGCCGAAUGAACACAGUCCAUUGAAUGAAAAUAGUGUUAGAAAAUUGCAGCAAAUAUCUGAAACAUUUUUUGAUACAAUUGAAGAUGUAAAUAUGAAUUCGGCAAAGGACUUGAAAUCAAUCAUGUCGGUGUUGGACUUCAGUUGCAAGCGUAAUCAUAUUAGGUUAGUUUUGACUCCAAUCCUAAUUGAGGGUGAAGAACAACGAAAUAAUAGUGGUAUUUUAUUGAGGCUGUCAAUAUCGAUUCCACGGGCCGAUUUGAGAGAAAUUAUGAAAGAUGCAUCGGUUCCGAUUUUGGAAUUCCAUCGAGAUUCGUCCGGUGGAACAAUGGCAAAACGGCCAGAGAUUAAUAUUUUACUAAAACAAACAACAAAUGUGCUGGGAAACUCAUGUGGUCUUUCCUAUGAGGCACCAAAAACUGAAAUAAGUUUUAUGCUAGCACCAUGCUCUAGUGAGUUUGAUAUAUCAAUUAUUGAUCGAUUGAGUCCGGUAUUCAAUGGCAGCCCAUUUUCAACAAACAACGAUCAUUUCAUGAAAGAAACGACUAUUCAUCAAGAAGUUCAGAUGAGUCAAUUUUCACUGACACUUGAAUCCCCUUCCAUAGAUAUUCGAUUAAGGUUUCCGUGCACAGAUCUUCGACCAAUUCACACACCAGAUAGAGUGCCAUGGUGGAAACGUAACGUUUUACGUGAUUCACUGUAUAUAAAAUUUGGUCAAGCUAAAUUAACUUACCAUUUGAAUAAAUACGAAAUUGUAGCCAAUAAAAUUGACAUUUAUUAUUCGGAAAAUGAUGACGAGCAAAAGAUCCAUAUCGGAAACAUUAUCACAUAUGAGCAACCGACAAAACAUACAUCGGAAAGCCCAAGAAUUGUCAUUGAAAUACCAACAUUGGAGACAAUAGCAAGAAAUUUACAAAAACAACAGCCAAGCGAUGACAGCAGUGAUGGUGGUCAUCAUUCUGAAUUCAGUUUCAAUAUGUCGAAUUCAAACGAACCAACGCCAUUUAGUGCGAAACAUGUGUGGCGAGAGAGUGAUACACCACAUGCAAAAACUGACGACGCCAACCGAUCACAAAAUCUGGCCGACGAUGAAAAACUUUUAAUACCGGGUGAUAUAACUGAAAUGAAUGAUUUCUGUGACGAUAGUGAAGCUACAUCAAAAUUAAAGAUAAUUGUGUCUUUACCAGUUGUUAGUCUUCAAUUGAGAUCGAAGCACAUGUAUGAAGUGAUCUACAAUCGUAUAAUUUCAAAUAUUCUACUAUGGGUGCCAAGUGCACCCAACAAUAAUACAACGAAACAAACACAAGUCAAUGUUGGUGCAAAUAAUCCAUUGCUCAAUAUAAAUAUGGCGGAAUCGAUUUCCAUACCAUUUUCAAUGGCCAAAAGUAAUAUCAUUUUUGAUUCAAGUUCGGCUACUAAUUCCGAUUCCGAUACAGAUUCGGAGAACAUUUUCUAUUCAGCAUACAACGAAAGCAAACGUGCUCAACAAAAACCACAACUUGCUUCGGUCACACAAAGUAGUGCUUGUUCUUUUCGCUUGAAUAUCGGUCAAGGUUUACUCACCGCAUAUUCUCCAGUUCGGGAUUCGGCGAAUCGUGUGAUUCCUGGGCAACAGGGUGAAUUUGUAAUUAAAUUGGAAAAUGGAUCAUUGUUUUCAGUCAGCAGUUUUCGUGGAGAUGAAAAUUUAAAUUAUAUGUGCGUACAAGCGUCAGCCGUUGAAAUGUAUCAUAUCGGCUUAGUUCCAGUGCCAUCAUCAAAUCCACCACUUCGGCUAUACGGAUGCGUAUUACCAAGCCAUGUUCAAAGUACGAUCUAUCCAACACCGUCAAAUUUAACGGUUGAUCAAGCCGUCGGUAAAAAAGCAUCCAAUCGAGAAAUGAUCUCGAUUGCUGUUCAGGUGAAAUCAGUGCCAGAAAGAAAAGUUAAGAGAAUAAAAGUAUCGGCCGGUUUGCAAUUGGCAACAUUGCGAUACAAUAGCGCGCUUCCUGAGCAUAUGUGGCUACGUCAAAUUAUGGAUAUGUUUAAUGUUGAGGACUAUCCCAUACAAGGUUAUACACCACUCACAAAUAUUAUGGAAAUGCAUUUACACUUAUGGGAUUGUUCGGUUGAUUAUCGGCCACGAUUCUAUGAUUAUCGUGCUGUCUUGGCUAUCAACACAUUUAUGAUGAGUACAACAUUGUCAUCGACCAACAAUGGAUGUACCGUUCGGUUUGUUGCUGAAGAUGGAACAUUAAGUCUUGCACCACAAACCCAACCGGGCGAAUUUAAAUUUAAAAAUGAAAACAAAAUCACAUCGUUGCCUUCAUCUGAAUUGGUUUGUGUAUUCGAGUUUGCAUUGCUGGAAAUAUCAUUGCGUGAAAGUGAUAAAGUGACCGAAUUUGCACCGAAAUACGAUGCACGAGCAUCAAUGAAUGGCACACAUUUGCGUGUAUGCGCCGACUCAUGUAAGGCGUUGGGUAAUUUAAUUGCAUAUAUUGCUGCGGAAGGUGACUUGUCCCAGACCAAAGAACAGGACGAUGAAAAUGUUGAUUCGUUGGUUAGCUCAUCAAAAGAUCUAGAUGAAGAUUUGAUCGCGGUAAAUGCACAAAAUAUUCCUGAAGUUACAGAAGACCAACAACAAAGAGUUAAUCAGUUAAUGGAAGAAGCGAUGCAAGAUUGUGUUCGUGAGGCUCCAUAUCGUAUUACUCCCGUCGGUGACAGUGUAUUUGAUGAAGAUUCAGAGACAUUUUACUUCCCAGAUGAAACAAAUCCAACGGAUAAAUCGAAUUCAGCUGGUAUUUCAUCAUCACGAAAGGGUUUACCAAAUACCCAAAGCAAUACAUCGCUGAAUAAAGAUGACGAAGAUACAUUGAGCAAUAUAACGGAUUGUUCAAGGCGUCGAACCACUGAUUUACAAGACAUUAUUGACUUCGAAAAUUCCGUAAUGGGUUUGAAUCCAUUGGAAACGGAAGCUGUUGAAGCUUUACCGUUGGUUGACAGUGAAUUGGGCACAAUACCGAGUCCAGAUUCAAAAAAGAAAUCGUCCAAAAAACCAAGUCGCAUCGAAGGUUCGGAUACGGACGAUGAAUUUUGUUUUAUUGGCGAUGAAGAGCGUCCAAAAUACGGUAUCGAUAAUGUAUUGCCAACCGAUGAACCGAUACGAAUUGUUGACAAUCAUUUUAGCAUCCCAUUGGAUAAGCAUGAUAUGUUAAAAGCACCACAAGCUUUUCCACAAGCCGUUACACGUUACACAAUUUGUGAUCUAUCGAUAUCGAUGCAUUUGUAUGGCGGAAAUGAUUUUGCAACCACAAACAGUGACAAAGAAAAGGAAUAUGAAAAAGCAUCUAAUGAAAAGGCUGGCAUGUCGGAUGCUUAUAAAAAAGGUGUUGCAUUCUCGAAAAUUUCAUCGACCGUAACACUUCCAAGCAAAGUAAAAAGUAACACACCCCGAUCUCAACGACCGUGGAAAGAACGUGGUGGUUUAAAUCGAAAUUUCGAAGUUUGCGUUGAAAUUCAUUCGAAUAAAAGUCGAUUUUCGCAUGAAACAUAUCCGGCGCAUUCACGUGAAGCAUCGCGUCAAGUGUUGGUAUUAUCCGAUUUUGAAGUAUGGGAUCGUUUGUCAUCGUCAUCAUUCAAUAAAAUGUUUUACACCGGCCGAAAUGAACGAUCGAAGAAGAGUGAUCAGGCAACGAUGUAUAUAAAAUGCAUUUUUAUUCGUCCCGAACCAACGUUACCAUCACAAGAGGCCAAUUUAUUUAUAUCGUUUAUGCCAAAAGUGAAUAUAAAUAUUGAUCAAGAUACGAUGCUAUUUAUUGCCGAUUUCUUUGCACAAUUGAAUGGAAGCGAAGACGAACCGAAACCAACAAAACCACCAUCCACACCGACACAUCAACCGCCGGUUAUGAUCGUUGACAUGCCCGAUCUGAAAGAAUUACAAGCACGUAAAAUGGUCGAUAAGAACUUAAUGUUACUCAUCGACGAUGAUGAAGAAAAUGGAAAGGAAAAACCACCAAACGAAACAGCAUCGAAUGUCACCGACAACAAUCCCGUUUAUUUCAGGAGCGUCACAUUCAGUCCAGAAGUUGAAUUAACAAUAAAUUAUUGUGGCAAACGAGUUCAAUUCACACAUGGCCCCAUUAUGGGAUUGAUCAUGGGUUUAAGUCACUUGAAUUGUUCACGCAUUCGACUCAAAAAAAUCCAUUAUCGCCGCGGUUUACUGGGAAUUGACAAAGUUCUAUGCUAUUUGAUAAAAGAAUGGUUGAAUCACAUACAAAAUUCCCAAUUGCCCUCUUUAUUACAAGGCAUCGGCCCAAUGAAUAGCAUUGUCAUAUUCUUUCAAGGUGUUAUCGAUCUAUUCCUUUUGCCAUAUAAACAAUAUCAGCGUGACGGUAGAAUUGUACGUGGCAUACAAUUGGGUGCUCAAAGUUUUACAUCCCGUACAGCGUUGGCGGCCCUAGAAUUGACAACGAGAUUGAUUUAUUUAUUACAAAUAACAGCGGAAACGGCGUAUGACAUGGUGUCACCAAUGGGUCCAUCGGUGCGAAUUUCAAAGCGUCGUCAUCGUGGAAAACGUAAAAUACAUCGACCACAAGAUAUUCGAGAAGGUGUCACUAAUGCAUAUCACAUAGUUAAAGAUGGUGUUGGCAAUACGGCUCAAAAUAUUGUUGAAAUGGCAACCAUUGAACAUGAUCAAAAGGGUGUUACCGGUGCUGUUGGUGCGGUUAUUCGUCAAAUACCGCCAUCAAUUGUAAUGCCAAUUGUGUUGGCAACACAAGCAACAGCUAAUGUAUUAGGCGGCGUACGCAAUCAGCUGGUACCUGAUGCUCAAAUAGAAGCCAAGGAGAAAUGGAAAGAGGAUGACGAUUAGUCACACACUUUCUACUUAUCAAAAAAACAAAUCUGAAUUUAAACACAUUCGCGAAGAGAAAACAAAAUAGUCUGUACACAAUUUUCUCUCCAAAAAAAAAAAUAAUUUCCGUUGUACACUAAGCGAAAAUUUGUACAAUUAUCUUGGUUCUGGAGUGGACAACCCGUGUUUUUCCCAUUUUUAUUAUUAUUAUUAUUAUUAUUUUUUCUUUUGUUAAUUGUAUGUAUUAGUGUUAGCAACGAAUAGCAAAAUGAUUUUUAAAUGGAAAUAUUUUCGAUAAAAUUGCAAAUCGAUACACAUGCAUAUAUAUGAAAUACAUUGAUGGAUUACAAUGAUGGUAAACAAAAUGGACAUUUCUAUCCAGAAUUUAUUACCGGGCAUGCAAUCUAUGGAUUUUGAUUUAUGUUUUUUUUUAUUAUUUACAAAGAACGUUCAAUGAAUACUCAACUCUUUAUUUGUAUCAAACAAACGAACGACAACAACAUAAAUACAAUUCAAUUUUUAUAAUGCCAAUAAAGAACAUUUUUACAAAGAAGCAAA